AUGAGGCUGGAGGCCGCAGCCAGGAUGGAUGUCUUUAGGAAGCUGUGGAGGGCGAGGAAACUGAUUGUAGUGGUGUUCAUCCCGCUUUCACUGCUGCCCCUGCCGCUCAUACACCCCACCAGCGAAGCAUGCUGUGCAUAUGUGUUGAUGGUGACAGCAGUCUAUUGGGUGUCUGAGGCUGUUCCCCUGGGUGCGGCUGCCCUGGUCCCGGCCUUCCUCUAUCCACUCUUUGGAGUUCUCAAGUCCAGCGAGGUAGCGGCAGAGUACUGUAAAGACACCACUCUGCUGCUGAUGGGAGUCAUCUGCCUGGCAGCUUCCAUAGAGAAAUGGAACCUGCACAAACGCAUUGCUCUGCGCAUGGUGAUGAUCGCAGGGGCAAAGCCUGGCAUGUUGGUGCUGGGCUUCAUGUGCUGCACAGUGUUCCUGUCCAUGUGGCUCAGCAACACCUCCACCACUGCUAUGGUGAUGCCGAUAGCCGAGGCCGUCCUUCAGCAGCUCAUCUGCACCGGUUUGGCUGACUUCCAUGACGAUUCGGAAACAGGGAAUUCUCCAGAGGAAGACAGCGCUAUUUCAACCAAAGAGGAGAAUCUGGACAAGAACCAACUUGAGCUGCUCUAUCACAAUGAACAGAAUGAAUGUACCAAACAGGAGCUCUGUGCAUUCUCUGAGGGACAGGUGGAUGAGGUGAACACCUUUGGUCUUCAGCCUGUCCUGAACAAGACGUUUGUUAGACAAACCAAUGGACAACUACCGCAGGUUGCCAUGGAUAUCCCAAAUGUGAAGCGGGUGAAGGCCAGAAGAGACUCCCAGUAUCCCACAAAGAGGGAUCAUAUGAUCUGUAAAUGCCUGUCGCUUAGCAUCACCUACGCAGCAACCAUUGGAGGACUUAUCACUAUCACUGGCACGUCGACCAACCUCAUCUUUGCUGAGCAGUUUAACACUCGAUAUCCAGAUGCGAAGGUGAUCAACUUUGGGACCUGGUUCAUCUUCAGCUUCCCUAUUGCCAUCAUCAUGCUGGUCCUCACCUGGCUGUGGCUGCACUUCCUCUUCCUCGGCUGCAAUUUCAGGGAGACGUGCUCGCUGAGUAAGAAACGCAAAACCAGGAGAGAAAUAAUGUCAGAGCAAAGGAUCCAGGAGGAAUACGCAAAGCUGGGGCCUAUUAGCUACCCUGAGGUGGUGACAGGUGUUUUCUUCAUCCUGAUGACUCUGCUGUGGUUCAGCAGAGAGCCUGGUUUUGUGCCCGGCUGGACGUCGCUCUUUGAGAAGAAGGGCUACAGGACUGAUGCAACUGUGUCUGUCCUCCUGGGCUUCCUGCUCUUCCUCAUCCCUGCCAGGCGUCCCUUUUCAUCAUCCUCACCCAGCUGUAAAAACUCCGAUGACAAUUCAGAGUCUGAUCCACUUGCCCCCAUGAUCACUUGGAAAGAUUUCCAGAGACUAAUGCCAUGGGAGAUCGUAAUCCUGGUAGGAGGAGGAUAUGCACUUGCGGCUGGGUGCAAGGUGUCAGGCUUGUCAGUGUGGAUUGGCAGACAGUUGGAGCCCAUGAGUGGUCUACCUCCCUGGGCAGUCACCCUUCUGGCCUGCCUCCUGGUGUCAGCGGUCACAGAGUUUGCCUCGAACCCAGCAACUCUUACAGUCUUCCUACCUAUCCUGUCAGCACUGUCAGAGACCCUGCUCAUCAACCCCCUCCACACUCUGAUCCCGUCCACCAUGUGCGUGUCAUUUGGGGUCAUGCUUCCAGUGGGGAACCCCCCCAACGCCAUUGUCUUCAGUUACGGCCACGUGCAGAUUAGCGACAUGGUCAAAGCAGGUUUUGGAGUGAACCUGAUCGGUGUGGCGGUGGUUAUGUUAGCCAUCACCACCUGGGGGGUCCCACUCUUCAACCUGACUGAGUUUCCCUCCUGGGCAGUGGCUAGGAACGUCACCGGAGGCUUAUAACCAACACUGGGCUCGGGUCCGAACCAACAGAAAGCCAGGUGAUAAACUCAGAGACAGAAAGAAAGAGUUUCUGUGAUGAAGACAACAAGAACAUGACAGGGUCAAGAGGAUUGCCUUCCCCAGAAUGAGACUGAAAAAAAGAAACUGGCCUUACAGAAAGGAAGGUGGAAAACCUGUUAGCAGCUGCUUAGAUAGAAUAUUAACUUCAGAUUCUGGUGACCAUAUACUGGCAUUGCAUAUAAAGAAAGUCACUCUGGGGAAAAAACUGAACUUCUACAAUGAAUUAACUUUACCUCUGUUGCUACAAUUACACUGAUUCCACUUUGAAUCAAUCAAUAAAAAUCAGAAGCCUAAUUGUAUUGAUAUUGCUAAUAUAUAACAGACAUUUUUGUUUUUUACAAAUCCACUCUAAAUAAACUAUGCAAAUGCUUUAAUGUAUUCUUUGUACUCUUGUAGUAACCGGUUCAGUAGAAAUAAGCUAUUUAGUCACGGUUUAGAAACCUUUUUUACAUAUAUGCUUUACCAAAUUGCACAAGCAAGCAUAGCACACUGGUCAUUUUUAAAUUUGACUUAUGUUUAUUCAUCCAAUGUUAAUAGAAAUGCUUUAAAAAAAAAGAUAGGAAUAUAAAAGAGAUUUUUACUACAGCAAUGGAUGUACUGUACAAAUACAUUCACUGACUAAAACAGUUUACCCUAAAGAUACCAACCCAGAAAAAUGGGAUUAAUACCGUGAUGGGUAUGUAACUAAUUGGAUUUUUAACACACUGGUACAUAAAGAACGGCGAGCAGGAGAGAACAUAAGUGAUGCCAUGAAAAGCUGAGCAAGGUGUUACAGGGAGCUGCUAAAGCCUCCAACAGUAGGUCAAAACUGAUAAAAAUGCCUUUUAGUGGGUUUGCAUGGCAUCAGCUGUGUCUGGUGUAGAGAUGUAACAAUGGGUUUGCAGGAAGUUCUGUCUCUGCUGUUUUGACAGUUUUAACAAAGUUGACACUCUUUAAACUCCUUUAGACAGUCCUGCUGUAUAAACAGAACCUCGGCUACAAUGCAGAUACUCAGAGAUAUCCGAGAAGUUAGCAACAAGUUAAACGGACUAGAGGAACACUGACGAUCGCAAACAUCCAGCUCAGAAUGACCUUACGAAGCAAUGGCCGCUACGUUCCUGAAGAAUGACGCUUACUGCAUGAAGUCAAAACCAAUAAAAUCUACCUGAAGCAUUUAGCAUUUGGUGCUCUAUUUUACUGAGUGUCAAAGAUGGACAAUCCAAAAACCUGGAGGUUUUAUUAUUGAAGUUUACCGUCAGAAAUGUUAGAAUUGCUUCAUUCCUACCUAGUCAACUCACUGUUUUGACUGUUGAAGGGUUUGUAGCACCACCACUCCACUUGUGAUGCUACCAUUUAUCCCCUCUAUUGUAGACAUACUAUCCCCCUGCCAAUCGGAUCAUUUCCAUACUUAUCACUUGUCUGCGCCUGGACCAAAUUAUGUCCAAUUCCUUCUAAAUGCUCAACUUGGAUGUCAACUGUUUUUGCCAGUGAGUGUAGUCAACCUACUGUAUUUAUAACCAAAUCUUUUUCAUGUUCUAUGUUUGUAUACACAGAUCUAAUUCACUACACAAAUUAAGGCUUCCAAUCAUGUGACCAAUCAAAGGUUGUAAAGCUGAUUUAGAGCUCUGCCUUGCAGCAAAUACUUUAAUUCAUGUCGCCUGUUUUACCCAGAACAUCUCUAAAUGUCUUUUCUGUACCAAGCCUGUUAAAAUGUUGGCUACCUGUUUUUAAACCGGUUUUCAAACCUUUUAAGCUCAUUGGUGCCUUGCUGCGAUGCCGCCACAGUUGGAGGACCUCAAAUACUUUCUUAAAUCAUGCACACUGUAAUUGUUUACUUUGCUUACAAUGACAAGAAUGUAAAGUAUUUACAGUAGUUAUGUAUUCUUUGCCAAAAUGAUCUUGGAACUAUGCAACUUCAGAUUUGUGUCUCGUAAUGUCAGAUGAUCUCAAAAUCCAUAACAUAUUAGAGGGAGAAAUAUUCAGUUUUUAGAAUAACUAGGUUUAUAAGGUGUAGGAAGUAUAUGACUCUGGUUUGUGAAAAUGUGAGAAGCACCAGAGUCCACUCAAGCUCUGGUUGACUGAAAACUACUUCAGAAAGAAACUGGAGGAGUGAACACGGGACUGUAUUGUGCAAUAGUUUGUUUAAUCAAUCAUCAAAUCACAAUAGCUCUCUUAUGGUGGCAAAGUCAAAAGGUUUGAACAAAACCCUCAUUGUACUGAGCACAAAUGCAAAAGAUGUACUUUAUAUUUUUACAGAACUUUGACAUGUAAUUUGUGACUGUUUUGUACUACUGCAAUAAAGGUUGAGGCCAUAGUGAAG